AGACUGUCGCACACGCCUUUCAGUGCUGCUUGCUGUCACCUGAAAGAUCAUCUUAUUUUCUACAUGAAGUAAAACAGCGUGUUUAUUUCAAGUGGAUGCAAAUGAUGAACAUAUCAGUACUCUUUUGAGUUUGACUUAUUUAUCCAGAAUAUAUAGCUUUGUGUGAUAGAGGGCUUUUAUUUUCGGAACUGGUGUCCUUCAUCGCAUCUUGAAAUGCGGCUCACGCUCCGGGCGUUGAUUUCUCAUGGCCGAGUGGCCCGUAAAAUGGGACUCGGACCGGAGUCCAGAAUUAACAUUCUGCGAAAUUUACUGACUGGUCUUGUGCGACAUGAGAGGAUAGAGACAGGCAAAGCUCGAGCGGAUGAAGUUCGCUUUUACGCCGAGAAGUUGAUUGAUUAUGCUAAAAAGGGAGAUACUGAUGAAAAAGCAAUGAAAAUGGCUGAUUUCUGGCUCACAGAAAAAGAUUUGAUUCCCAAACUUUUUAAAGUGCUGGCGGUAAGGUUUGAGAAUCAGACGGCAGGAUACACAAACAUGGCUCGUCUUCCUAACAGAGAGAAUCUGGACCGAGCAGCCAUGGCUGUGCUGGAGUAUAAAGGCAACCCUUUCCCACCGCUGAACCCUGUCAAACGUGUUAGUGAACUGAACCUGGUCAACCAACUUCUGAAAGGAUACCGAGAAGAAAAAGCUCAAAUGGCCACUGAGAAACAGGACUAAUAUUGCACUGUAUUUGUACAUUUCAUAUAAUAAUCCAGUAUUGAUUUAAUUAAAAUAUCUGUUUUGUGUGAA